UCUCGCAGACUACAGCACGCCAUUCAGAGACGGAACAGACUAGAUACUAUUUCUGCUACAUGCUGAGGUCAAAACCAAGAACCUGACUAAUCCUAUCACUUCUUCGUUACAAUUGAGUUUAUGGACCCGACAGCACCUUCUCAGACAGAUGCAUGAUGGGAAGAGGAAGCAACUGCAGCUGGCCUGGGGCAGAGAUUCCCCUGUCGUCUGAGUUAUUUGCAGUGAUCAAGAAUGAGCUGUGGGUGUUCCUCUUUCCCGCCGGCCUGGCCUUCAUCAUGCUGACCUUGUUCCUGGAGGAGAUCGGGUUCUUUCUCAGACACGCGGUGUCCUCCAGACGCAGACGCCUCUCCCUGUGGAUCCUGGGCAUGUAUCCGGUUUUUGGACUGACCUCCAUAACUGCUUUAUAUGUGCCUCGCUCAUCUUCACUCUGUAAUUUUAUAGCUUCUGUAUAUCACUCCACCACAUUGCUGAAGUUCAUGGGGCUCAUCACAGACUUCUUUGGAGGCAAGGACAGAAUGCUGGAGGCCUUGGCUGGCCAGCCAAUUUAUCCCAACCCAUUUCCCUGCUGCUUCUGCUGCUGCAUCCCUUUGAUAACCUUUAACAGGACCACCCUUGGAUGGAUGAUGGUAGCCGUCCUCCAGCUGUCUGUGGUGAGGACCAUCCUUUUCUUCAUCACGCUGGUUCUCUGGACAGAUGAACAAUAUGACUAUGGAGAUGUUGAUUCUGUGAAUCCCAAUCUGUAUGUCAACGCCAUCAUUGCCAUUUCAACCUUCUUGUCCUUUUAUGGCUACUUGCUCUUCUAUAAGGCAACCAAAAGAGUCCUGCAUGGCUAUGGGCUACAGGCCAAGUUUGUCUGCAUCAUUGUGGUGCUGGUUCUAUGUGGACUUCAGAGUGGAAUCUUGGAGACCAUGGGAGCUCUGAAAUUGUUCCCCUGCACACCCCCUUUCUCCUACCUAAUGCGGUCCCAGUUGAUAUACCACUAUUCUGUGAUUGUGGAGAUGUUCUGCAUCAGCCUUUUUGCUCGCCAUACUUUCCGGAAAGUAGAACCCAGUCUGGAAGAAGGAAGGAGGAUGGGGCUCAGCAAUGUGAUAGGUCACAGCGAGAAGGAAGUUCAAACUGAGCAACUGUGGCCUCUUGCGGGGCAGAUCAACUUGAACCAAGAGGAGUUGUGGUCCGGCUGCUCAGGAGGCGGAACUGGCAACCCUGGAUAUAACAGUGAUAGCGAGGACACCUUAUGCCGCAUCGAGUAUGCCCCUCUGGAUUGUUUCCCCAUCCCCCUGCAACUCAGGCCUCGACAGCUACCCAGCCCAGAGAACAAGAGCCCCAAACCCACAGAGGACAUUGUACAAGUGGAGCACUCUGUAGUGAGCCUCACUGCUGAAAUACACAACAACGACACAACGCAGGCCACUGUUGUAUAGAAACUAUACGACGAACAUAAACUUGAAAUCACCCGCAAGAGAGCAGUCUGACGCUCUCACUGAAGAUACCCCAACGUAUUACAUCAGGAAGAGAAAAAAAAACAGUGUAACAAAAUUACCGCUUUGAAAUGUAGCAGGCAAGGAAUACAUCAAGUCGAAGAUUAUGCAAAUUGAUUGAGUACCUGUUAAAUUUCAAUUGUUUUCUCCUGGAGGUCCAUCCAUUUUAUGUACCCACUUGUCCUACUCAGGGUUGUGGGGGGUCUGGAGCCUAUCCCAAAAGCUAUGGGCACAAGUCAGGGAACAACCCAGCAUGGGGUGCCAACCCAUCAACCCACCAAUUUGGUAACUCCAAUUACCCUGAGCAUGUUUUUGAACUGGGCUGGGGGAUCCGGAGUUCCCCCCUCAACAAUACAGGGAGAACCUACAAACCCCACACACAUGGUGCCAUGGCAGAGACUCAAACCCUAGUCCCAUGCUGUCUCCUACGUAUCAUGUAAUUGAUCAUAAUUACUUUUAAAAUCCCAUACGAAUGUAACAUCAAUAAACGAAAU